AUUAAACCGGGAUUCCACCCCGUCGUGACGUCAAUGGCGGCGUAGCCCCGCCCGCGGGCUAUAAAGCAGCCCGCUUACCGCAGUCCACUCGGCAGUUCGCUGGACAGCUCCCGGGUGCUGAAGACGAGGAGGGGGCUCGGCGUGGGGGGAAUUUGGCGGCAGGACCAGCCAUGCCUGCGGGGGCCCCGUGCAGCCUUUUCUUCGCCUCUGUCCUCUUGCUGAGGGCAUGCGCCCAGAGCUUCGGCCAGACGCGCUUCAUCUGCACCUCGGUGCCGGUGGAUAUGGACAUGUGCACCUCUUCCCUGCCGGGCAGCGGCACGGCCGAGGAGCUGCAGACCACCGUCCUGCAGCUCCGGGAGACGGUGCUCCAGCAGAAGGAGACCAUCAUGAGCCACAAAGACACCAUCAGGGAGCUGACCACCAAGCUGGGCAGGUGUGAAAGCCAGAGCCUGCCGGAGACUGGCCACAGCGAGUCCAAAACGGGCGGGGGAUCCAGCCGCAAACAGCCCGGCUCGUCCAAAAACACCAUGGGGGACCUGUCUCGGGCGCCAGCUGCUGAGACCUUGAGUCAACUUGGGCAAACUUUGCAGUCACUCAAGACGAGACUAGAAAACUUAGAGCAGUUUAGUAGGAUCAAUUCCUCAGGCCAGACCAACCACCUGCGGGACGUGCUUCAGAAUAAAAUAGACGAUUUAGAGAAGCAAGUUCUGUCCAGAGUGAACAGCCUGGAGGAAGGAAAGUUAACGAAGAACGAGUCCGAGGAACGAAGCAAAAUAGAGAGCACGCUCACUUCCCUGCACCAGCGGAUCAGUGACCUGGAGAAAGGGCAGAAAGAGAGCCGGCCGGCCGACAAGUUCCAGCUGACCUUCCCGCUGCGGACCAACUACAUGUACGCCAAGGUGAAGAGGAGCCUGCCCGAGAUGUACGCCUUCUCCGUGGGCAUGUGGAUCAAAUCCAGCGCCUCGCCGGGCGUGGGGACGCCUUUCUCGUACGCGGUGCCGGGCCAGGCCAACGAGCUGGUGCUCAUCGAGUGGGGCAACAACCCCAUGGAGAUCCUCAUUAACGACAAGGUCGCUAAGCUCCCGUUCGUCAUUAACGAUGGGAAGUGGCACCAUAUCUGCAUCACCUGGACCACGCGGGACGGCGUGUGGGAGGCCUACCAGGACGGCACGCAGGGGGGCCACGGAGAGAACUUGGCUCCCUAUCACCCCAUCAAACCGCAGGGGGUCCUAGUCCUGGGCCAGGAGCAGGACACCCUGGGCGGGGGGUUCGACGCCACCCAAGCGUUCGUGGGCGAACUGGCCCAUUUCAACAUCUGGGACCGGAAGCUCAGCCCCGGGGAGAUCUACAACCUGGCCACGUGCAGCACCAAAGCCCCCGCCGGCAACGUCAUCGCCUGGUCCGAGACCAACAUCGACAUCUACGGGGGGGCCACCAAGUGGACUUUCGAAGCUUGCCGCCAGCUCAACUAGCGGCUGGAGCGCCCCCCCCCCAAGGAAUCAAGGACUCGAGUCUGUCCCCCUCCCCCGUCCGUCUGUGCAAAGGUAAACCCAGCAAAGACCCAGGCCCCAGCCUUGCUCGCCAAGCGGGGCGCGCUCCAGCCGGGGGCCGGGCCCAGGGCCUCGGGCAGCCCCGAGCUGCGCCACCCACAAGUAGGUGAGAGGGUUGGUUCGUUCUUCUUCGCUCUGUCUCUGGAGCGCGGCGUCCGCGCUCCCAGCUCCCCCGAACCGGCUCAUUUCUCUCUGCCAACUUCCUUUGAAGCCUGCGUGCCUUGGGCUGGUGCAGCGCCUCGGCGCAUCUCUUCAUCUGCAUCCUGGUAAGGAGAGCGCUGCUGCUGCUCCUGCUCCUGCUCCUGCUCCUGCUCCCUCCCCCGCGGCUCGUCCCCUCCUAGCCAAGCAGGGGGGCGCGUCUGCACCCGGAGAGGGGGGGGCGCUGAGUUCUCGCUCCAUUCCUACCCGCACGCCCCACCCCUGAGCACCGUGUCGGUGGGGCAGAGCACAAGGCGGCCUCGACUUGCUUUGGGCCAGGGGGUGUGGGGCUGACGCAGGAGCCUCCGGUCCCCGGUUACUUUCGGGGGCGGUGGGAGGCUCCUUUCGUCUUUCACUACCGGGGCGCGACUCCUGUUCACUUGGACUGUCUCUGCAGGAGCAUGGAAGGAGCAAGACGCCCCCCACACCUCCCCUCCAUCCCCUAUUGGGCUUGGAAGCGGAGCCGCAAACCCUGGCAGCGCUCACAACCUCUUUCCUUGCGGGGUAGGGGGACCUGCUUCCAAACCCCUCCGAUCCCCAGGCUCCUUCCUUCUCCAGCCUGCCCCCCUUCAACGUUUGACCAGCAGGGGUGUUUCUUGGCCAGGAACAGUCCUGUCCUGUGCCCUAGGAACUGGGGGUUCGGGGCCAGGAGCCCCCCUAGGAGCCAUGUGGGAUCCUGCUCCGGCUCUGACUUGCUGAAGCCAACGCACCCUCGGAGCCCUGCUGGGUCGCUGGCCAGUGAUUUACCAUCAGCUCAGCUCAGGCCUCUUCCUCGGCCGCAAAGCGCCCAUCCGCAGGCGCCAGACACCCGCAGGCUGCGGGGAGCUGCGGGGGUGGGAGCAAAGCAGGGGAUUUGAAUCCUCUGGCCACAGCAGGGGCCCGAGUGCGGGUCAGGCGCUUGCAGGUGCCCGGCCUAUAGUCAAGCACUUCCCGAGCCGCGUCUGGCGUUCAGCAGCCGCCCUUCUCCGGCCGGGGGAGGCGGGUUAGCUCUGGCCUGGCUCUGAGCCCAGCGGCUCCUGCCCCAGGUUAACUGGGGCGAGUUACAAAGGAGGGGCUGUUUAUGGAGCCUUCUACGGGGCCGUCCCCCCCCCCGCUUUGCGGCACCCCUGGAUUCCCGCAGAGGCGGCGGGGGCGGGCGGGCUUUGACAUUCCCCUGGGUGCUUCGUCUUGGUUCCCUGGCCUGCUAGCAGGGGCUGCUGGGGGACGGGUUGCCCGAGCGAUGUUCAUGCCAUAGAAUGUCCCAAUUCCCAGCAGGAGGGUGGCUGGGGAGCAGCGUUAUCCCUCCCCCUCCAGCUAAACUGCUCCGGCCUUCAGUUUUCAAAACACGUUCAGGUCCCUCUGGCCUUCAACUCAGCAGCCCUGCGACUUCUGGGAGCUGUCCCUUCAGCCAGGGCGGGGGCCCCCGGAGCUGUCCCUUCAGCACCGCGCCCCCCCCCCCGCUGUCCCUUCAGCACCCCCGGAGCUGUCCCUUCAGCACCACGCCCCCCCCGCUGUCCCUUCAGCACCCCCGAAGCUGUCCCUUCAGCACCACGCCCCCCCCCCCGCUGUCCCUUCAGCACCCCCGGAGCUGUCUCUUCAGCACCACGCCCCCCCCAGCUGCCCCUUCAGCACCCCCGGAGCUGUCCCUUCAGCACCACGCCCCCCCCCCCCAGCUGUCCCUUCAGCACAGGGCAGGGGGGCCCGGAGCUGUCCCUUCAGCACCACGGCGCCCCGCCCUCCCGGAGCUGUCCAUCCAGCAUCAGGCUACCCCGCACCCGCGCCCCGGGGGAGCUCGGGGCCUGGAGUCACCCGGCCCUUUCCCUCCUUGCGCGCCCCUAAUGCCCGAACACUUUAAAGAACGGAGCGAGGAGGAAGCUCCUCCAUGGAGUCUGUUCCUCCCUGCCCCUGCUGCUCCCUGAUGCACUGACUGAACCACGCCUCUCUCAGGUAAUGUCCUUUUAUAAAAUCCGAAGCACUGCAGAAGCAGUGUCUGUUUUGCCUAGCUACACAGGCACCCUACGUGAGACAGCUGUCAAAUAGCUUUUACUGUCCCCUGAAAGUUUAGCUACCCUCAAUCUUCAGCCUUUCUGCUUUUGAUAACACAGAAUAUUAUUUAUCUUACUGUAAAAGGAAGUUUAUUACCAAUAAAAGGUAUUUUUAUGCAGGAGAAAAAAAUAAAAGGAUAUAAAAUUAACUGAACGUCCCUGAAAAAUACUUUAAGACACUACAGUGUUGGUGUGUGGGGGUGAUAAAGAGAAGCUUAUUUUGAAGUAAUAGAUCUAUUUUGUAUGGUUUCCCUUUACAACUCUUGGUCUGCAGGAGAUCAGCGCCUAGCCCGCUUCUGAACUCCAUCUUCGGUGGUAGGGUUGGGUGAGGCAGAGAGAAUUCACACGAGGCUGAACCAGCCUUUAUGACAAACUCCAAAGAUAUGGCAAAUAAAUAUGCAACGUGGAGGGAUAUGGAAUAAGCAGUCCAAGGUUGAUGCUGCGCUCCAGGGCUGAUCCUACUCAAGCCAGGAGAGAGCUGGUCACAUGACCAGCCCUUUUAAAACACAGUAUUGAGAUGCAGAGAAAUCACCAUCCACAAAACAAAUCAAGUUACCUUGAUACCAAAACGUGGCCCAGGGCAGCAUAUUUUAACUGUGCUCUUAAAAAAACCCCAACAUUAUAAGUUCAGUUUGUUGAGCUAGUGAUUGGAAACUGUUGGCUUCAGCUACCAGCAGCUUAAGCACAAUUUGCUGCUGGAAAAACUGAUAAUUGGAAGAAAUAAACCCACAGUCCUAAUUGCAUCUGAUUUGCCAAAAAGAGUGAUAUUAUGUAUGUACUGUACAGCAUGGUAGAAAAUAAACAUAUCUGAAUUUGUCAUUAUUUUGCUAACCAAAGCUGUAAAUUUUUCCUAUGACUUGCUAUCAGUCUUUUUGGGUUUUGAAUGGGUUAUUAAUAUAUCACACAGCCACAAUCCACGUCAGCAGUUCUGGAAAUGCACUGUUUCUACUGGUAUUCAUGCUUUUUUCAUUUUAUUGCUGAAAUUUACAUGAAUUGUUGAGUUUAUUUUUACACAAUAAAGACUGAAGAAAGA